AUGUCGAUUCCAUGGAAUGAAAACAUCCCUUAUUUUCGCAUAACAGCCGAAAAUCCGAAGCAGGUCGUCUUGCGUGGUAUCGAAAAGGACUAUGAAUUCUCUCCUAAAGAGUUGGUAAGUUAUUGGAUUGCAGAAGGAUUGAUAGAUGAUAUGGGAAACUGGGAAAAGGAACUCGACAAAGGUCACACAAUAUUGAAUGGACUGAUAGAUGUUUGUAUGUUGGUAAGGAGGUUUGAUCAUCGUAUAGUAAUGCAUGAUUUAAUAACAGAUUUGGCCAUCGGCAUUACAAGGAAGAGCCCUCGGUUUGUGGUCAAGGUUGGGAUGGGGAUAAAGGGAUCAAUUGGUUUCGAAGAAUUUACUGAAGAUGUUGACAAAAUCUCAUUAAUGAGAAAUGAAAUUGAAAUGCUUUCAGGUGAACCCAACUGCCCAAAACUCACCACAUUUUUGUUGCAUGAUAACCCUCUCUCACGCAACAUUUCUCAUUGCUUCUUCAAUCACAUGAACAGCCUACGAGUUCUCAACCUAUCUAACACCGGUAUUGAGUAUAUACCAGUAUCAAUUUCCAACUGCGAGAGCUUGUGUAUACUGUUAUUAAUGAAUUGUAGUAGGCUGAGGGAGGUACCGUCCUUAGCAAAGCUCAAGCGUCUAAGGGUUCUGAACCUCUCUAAUACUAGCAUAAAAGAACUGCCACAUGGGAUGGAAUGUUGGGUUAACGUCAAAAGCUUCUGUCUCAGUUCAAAUUCCCUUGAUCUCACCUUAGAGGCAUACAGCAUGCAAGUUCGUCGUUCUAAUCUCAUUGGGCAAGAGAGCUACUUAGUUCUUCCUGAUAGUGUUAUCAAGUUGGAAAUGCAUGGAUACGAUCUCUCAAGCUUACCCUGCCUCUCUCACUUGCAACGCUUACAGCAAUCUCAAAUCAGAGGUUUGUGUGAGGGAGUCUUGCUGCCUGGCUCAUUUGCAUGCCUCAAAGUCCUGUGUGUCUGUGGAUGUCAUGCAUUAGAGAAUCUCAUGUCACUUGAAUUGUUUCAGAACCUCCAAUGCCUAGAACAAAUCAAAAUUGUAAGUUGCAGUGAGAUGGAGGAGGUGGUACAAGGAGAAGAAGCUAUGGUUGAAGAAGUCCUACUCCUAAACUUGAGGGAGUUGUAUUUGAUAGGUUUAGGGAAAUUGAAAAGCGUUUGUAAGCGGGUAAUCAUUUGUCCUUCCUUGAUUUGGAUUACUGUGGUGGGUUGUCAUCAGCUGAAGAAGAUCCCUCUUUCCUUAAGCAACUCAACAUCUUUUUUGAGAGAAACGAUCAAAGGAAGCAGAGCUUGGUGGGAUGCAAUGGAGUGGGGUGAUCCCAACAGCAAAUCACGCAUCCGACCGCGUUUUCCAGAAGAAGAAGAAGACGACAACCAUGAGGAAGGAGGAGGAAGAGAAGGACGUGGAAUGAAAAGAAAAGCAGAACAACAAGUAGAAGAGGUUGCUUCGACGUCAAGGCGGCAAGGAUGA